AUGGCUUCGGUAGUUUGGCAGAAUUUGCGUAAGCACCUUUUAGAUUCCGUCUUUGAGAGAUUGGAGUCGCCAGAAGAUUAUUUGCGUUUCAGCAUUGUUUUUAAGUGGUUGUAUUCAGUAGCAAAGCAUAACUACUAUGAACGCGCUAAGGUGACAACUCCAGUGCUCUUGAUGAUUCAGACUGCAAAAAGAGGGUUAAUUAAAGGGACGAGAAAGAAAGAAAAUUCCAUCAUUCGCCUUCCUCCACUCAUCGGCGGUGUUCCACCAUUGAAGAAUUGGGAUUCGUCUAUCAGCUACUAUUUUGCCUACAAGGCUAUACUUUCAGCAGACCCUGUAUUAUGUGCAGACAAUUACAUUGUCGUGGUGAUAUGCGAGGUAUACUGUCAAUUGGCUUUUAUUAGACCUGGUAAAGAUACAACAUGGACCUUUGUUGCCGAUAGUCGGCAUAUAAUUGAAGAUGUUGUUCCAGUUGAAGAUGAGUUUUACGGCGUUGAUCAAAGCAGCCGCAAUCUUGUGGCUUUUGAUACUACUGCUCAGUACAAGUGCAAUGUAAUAUUGGAUCUAGGCUACACGGACGGAGCGCCAGCCAAGAAAUACCUUGUGGAUUUAAAUGAGACAAGAUUUUUAAUGGUUGAAAGGUAUGGGAAUGUUAUGGAUGGGAGACGGAUGACUUAUCAAUUCAGAAUUUUUGAACUCAAGCAUCACAAGUGUGAGCGGACUGAAAUAUACGACUUGGGUGAUGUUGCUCUCUUCGUUGGUGAUAACUCUUCGAUAGCUUUGGCGGCUUCGAAAUAUUCAGGAUGUCAGCCCAACUGCAUAUACUUCAACCAUGAUUACAUGAGUCAAGACCUUUCCAACCCUUGA